AUGAUUCUGCUUCUCUCUUGUGUUUGCCUCGCUAUUGCCUUCCAGCCCUUACGUCCUAAUGUCUCGAGUCGUGAUGCCAAAGGACUUGUGAAGGACGGAUAUCUCCAAGACCCAAGAACUGCAACCGAACGAGCGUUGUCAGGGGCUACUAAUACUACUACCACUCUCACUUUCACGGACAUCGUGUGUCCAGGUAUAGGAAUACCAACUCCAGAAGUAUCGAACGCGAGCGCCUAUCGUUCAUCACAUUCCCGGGAGCGGCCACCCGCGGUAGCAACUGAGCAUGAGAUCGUUUCAUCCCCACCAGCUGCUGACCUGGCCAACAAUGUCAUUUCAGCAAGUUGCUGCGUGGGCCUGGGGUCGCUCUAUUCACUGGCUAGUAAGACUCUGCUCAGAGCCACCAUGGAAGGGACAGAUUCUCAGCCAAUCAAACCAGCGGCUAUAUCUACAGUGUCCAGCGCACUCGGAAGUGGGCAUGCUACAUCCGCGUCUUCUCAAACGGCCCGGGAUCCUAAGGCUUCAACUGCUUUGGACAUGCUGGCUACUGUAGCAGAGGCAAAUGCUCACUCAACAGAAACCCCUGAUAAGGAGGCAGGGAAAGCUGCUACCCCAUCCACAACAUUCCAUAUUACAUCAUCCACCACUACCAACGACAUCGGUGCCACACCGAAGACAACCUCUUCUCCAACCCAGACAGCUACUACAGAGAACGUCGGUUGGGGCAGCAUGAUUGAGUCUAGCUUCAAGACUACGAUCUAUUGUUCUUUCACCGAGCGGUGUG